CCAUUUGGUUCCUCUCCUUCUUGUUCUAUCUCCUCGGGGACGAGAGAGCUAAAGAGACGAUAAAGGGGAGAAGCCGUCGAUUCUUCUUCCCCCCUUUUCCCAUCUAUUUGCAAUCAACUCUCUCUCUCUCUGAAUCCAGGGGGAAGCUCCGAGAAUCGACGAGGGCAUCAGAAUGAAUGAAAAGGCCUCCGUCUCCAAAGAACUCAAUGAGAAACACCGAAAGAUAUUGGGGGGUCUUCUCAAAUUGCCAGAGAACAAGGAAUGUGCCGACUGCAAAGCUAGAGGUCCACGAUGGGCAAGUGUAAAUCUGGGUAUCUUUAUCUGCAUGCAGUGUUCUGGGAUCCAUAGAAGUUUGGGAGUGCACAUUUCAAAGGUAAGGUCUGCAACACUAGACACAUGGCUCCCGGAGCAGGUUGCGUUUAUCCAAAAAAUGGGAAACGAAAAGGCAAAUAGCUAUUGGGAAGCAGAACUACCUCCAAAUUACGACAGAGUUGGAAUAGAGAACUUCAUUCGUGCAAAAUAUGAAGAAAAAAGAUGGGUACCAAGGGAUAAAAAGUCAACAUCAAUUUCAGAGUUGGUGGAAGAAAAUUCAGAGAAACCAGGUGAUAGUGGUGGACAUGGUUCUGCCAAUAAUGUGAAUUCUUCUGAGAAGCGGACUACUAUUCCACCACAAAAUGCAAGGACAGAUAAUCUUGUGGUUCCUAAAAUACCCAGCCCGGUACCCCCUGAAUCAAAAGCAGAACCAGUCACAAUCCUGGUAAGUCCUCCACAGCCUUCAGAGACAGCUCCUGCUGUAGUCGAUGCUCCACCUGCCCCACCACCAAAAGUUGAUCAGACAGUUGAUCUUUUCAACGUGCUUAUGGUGGAGGACCCAAGUGAAAAUGUGUCAGAAUCAUCUUCCACUGAUGAUAAUGCAUGGGCAAAUUUCCAGUCUGCAGAAGCAACCAGUGCCACAGAGAAAGACAAAACCAUGAAACCUGUUGAAAGCAAGAGCCAAUCUGCAUCAGGAAUCGAAGACCUAUUUAAAGUCUCGCCAACAGCUACACUGCCUUCAGAUCCAGGGAAAAACAGCACCAUGAAACCUGUUGAACGCAAGAGUCAAUCUGCAUCAGGAAUUGAGGACCUAUUUAAAGAUUCACCAUCAGUUACACUGCCUUUGGCUUCAGAGAAAAACAGCACUAUAAAACCUGUUGGAAAGAGUCAAUCUGCAACAGGGAUUGAUGACCUAUUUAAAGAUCCAGCAUCAAUGGCACCGCCUUCAGCUCCAGAGAAAUCUCAGGCAAAUGUGAAAAAUGACAUCAUGAGCCUCUUUGAUAAGUCCAAUAUGGUGUCAUCAUAUGCCGUUCGUCAACAGCAGCUUGCUUUCCUCUCCCAACAGCAGGCUCUUCUCAUGGCUGCAGCUAAAUCUGGCAGUGCACCUCCAAUAUUUCCUGGCAAAACUCAUCAGCCAGGAGGUAUUGAUUCACAUGAACCUAAUGGAAAUUUCAUAACCCAAACUUGGCCAAAUCUUGCUUAUCAAAUUCCUGGAAUGUCAUCUGUAGCUGGACAACAGAACACUGACAUUCUCAGUCAGAUUGGAAACAUCGGUCAGGCACAUCCAUCUGGCAAUUUUGGUCCUCUUCCUACAUCUAGGAUGCAUGCUACUGGAUCAGCUGCACCUGUUAAUGGAGCAACCACAGGUGGAGCUGGCAGAAACACUGCAUCCUCGUCCCCUUCUACUACUCCCAACCAAUCACUAAGUGAUUACGAUUUCUCAUCUUUAACUCAAGGGAUGUUCUCAAAACACUAAACGGAGAAAGGCACAUGGCACAACAGAUUAUGGCGGUCUUCCAUGUUAGCAUUACGAUCUACAGGGAAAGAAAAAAAAAACAUAUAAAUACAUAGCAGUGGCGGUUCUCCUGCAUAGAGUUGUAAGUUGCAUUUUAGGCAUUGUAUACUUAUUUGAUGUCUUCAUUUGUAUGAAAGGGUGUCCGGGAUCAAUAAAGAUGGGCCAGUGGUUGCUGAAGUCUCUAUAGUAAUUGCAAUGGCUGGGAGUAUACUUGAUGUAAAGUAUGAAAUUUUACUCUGACAUUUUCUACAACUCAGAUGAACAUAACUGCACAUAUUGCUGCAGUCUUUGGAGUUCCAUUGUAUACCCGUAACUUCAUAAUUUUUUCCAAGAAUGAACCAUUUUAUUAUA